UCUGUAUGUGAACUAAAAUUGCCGGAUGAACUCGUCAAGCGACGAAUUCACCCUCGGUUCCAUAUGAACCUUGUCAGGCCGCACAUCGCAAGCAGCGAUGAUAUAUUUCCCAGUAGGGAUUUAGCAGCGGCCUACGAUUUCGGACAGCCCGAUCGCGAUGAGGUGUAUUUCACAUCUCUCGUCGGGCACUCAUGGGACGGACAAAAAAUUCGUUUCAUUGGUACACUAUCUACGGGUAAUGUAGAGUGGACGAGCCUUGACCGGGUUCGUCACACUGAAUUGCUACGAGACUACCUGGCUCUGCGUGGCGUGGCCUCCGCCACUGAACUACCG